GGCCCGGGGCGGCUGAGUGCCGGCUCCCGCGCGCGGGCCGCGUGGCCGGGCGCCGCAGGAGAGGGGCCCGUCGGUCCGGGGCUUCCGCGGAGCGCUACAGUGCCCGGUGGCGGCGGUCAUCCCGGCCUGGCCUGUGGCUCGGAGAGCACUAGGGACGCGCGGAGUGCCCUGCGCUCAGCCUUCUCCCGGAAAGCAGCUCCCAUCCCCGCUAUCCGGCCGCCGUCCGGGGCUCUGUCCACUGGCAGGGAGCGCGCAGGUCAAAAAGGAAAAUGAAGUACAUUCUAGUUACUGGCGGUGUCAUAUCAGGAAUUGGAAAAGGAGUCAUUGCCAGUAGUGUGGGCACCAUACUCAAGUCUUGUGGCUUACAUGUAACUUCGAUUAAAGUUGACCCCUACAUUAACAUUGAUGCAGGAACAUUCUCUCCUUAUGAGCAUGGGGAAGUGUUUGUUCUGGAUGAUGGUGGGGAAGUUGACCUGGACCUGGGGAACUAUGAGCGGUUCCUUGACAUCCGCCUCACCAAGGACAACAAUCUGACCACUGGGAAGAUCUACCAGCAUGUCAUUAACAAGGAGCGCAAAGGAGAUUACUUGGGGAAAACUGUCCAAGUUGUUCCGCACAUCACAGAUGCAAUCCAGGACUGGGUGAUGAAACAGGCGUUAGUACCUGUAGAUGAAGAUGGCCUGGAACCUCAAGUGUGCGUUAUUGAGCUUGGUGGGACAGUGGGAGAUAUUGAAAGCAUGCCCUUCAUCGAAGCCUUCCGGCAGUUCCAGUUCAAGGUCAAAAAGGAGAACUUUUGUAAUAUCCACGUCAGUCUAGUUCCUCAGCCAAGUUCAACAGGAGAACAGAAGACAAAACCCACCCAAAACAGUGUUCGGGAACUUAGAGGGCUCGGGCUUUCCCCAGACUUGGUGGUGUGCAGGUGCUCAAAUCCUCUGGAUACAUCUGUGAAAGAGAAAAUAUCAAUGUUUUGCCAUGUGGAACCUGAGCAAGUGAUCUGUGUCCAUGAUGUCUCGACUAUCUACCGAGUCCCCUUGUUAUUAGAAGAGCAAGGGGUUGUAGAUUAUUUUCUUCGAAGACUUGACCUUCCUGUUGAGAGGCAGCCACGGAAAAUGCUGAUGAAGUGGAAAGAGAUGGCAGACAGAUACGAUCGAUUGCUAGAGACCUGCUCUAUUGCUCUUGUGGGCAAAUACACCAAGUUCUCAGACUCAUAUGCCUCAGUCAUUAAGGCACUAGAGCAUUCUGCAUUGGCAAUCAACCACAAAUUGGAAAUUAAGUACAUAGAUUCCACGGACCUGGAGCUGAGCACCAUGCAGGAGGAGCCUGUACGCUACCACGAAGCGUGGCAGAAGCUCUGUAGUGCCCAUGGUGUGCUGGUUCCAGGAGGGUUUGGUGUUCGAGGAACUGAAGGAAAAAUCCAAGCAAUUUCCUGGGCUCGGAAACAGAAAAAGCCUUUUUUGGGUGUGUGCCUAGGGAUGCAGUUGGCAGUGGUUGAGUUUUCAAGAAACGUGCUAGGAUGGCAAGAUGCCAAUUCUACCGAGUUUGACCCCAAGACCAGUCAUCCCGUGGUCAUAGAAAUGCCAGAACACAACCCUGGGCAGAUGGGCGGAACCAUGAGACUGGGCAAGCGGAGAACCCUGUUCCAGACCAAGAACUCUGUCUUGAGGAAACUCUAUGGAGACUUAGACUACUUGGAAGAGAGGCACCGCCAUCGAUUUGAGGUGAAUCCAGUCUUGAAAAAGUGCCUGGAAGAGCAAGGCCUGAGAUUUGUUGGCCAAGAUGUUGAAGGCGAGAGGAUGGAGAUUGUGGAGUUGGAAGAUCAUCCUUUCUUUGUUGGGGUUCAGUACCACCCUGAGUUCCUGUCCAGGCCUAUCAAGCCUUCUCCACCCUACCUUGGCCUCCUCCUGGCCUCUGUGGGGCAGCUUCCGCAUUACCUCCAGAAAGGCUGCAGGCUCUCGCCCAGGGACACCUACAGUGACAGAAGUGGGAGCAGCUCUCCUGACUCUGAAAUCACUGAACUGAAGUUUCCAUCAAUAAAUCACAACUGAUCUGGGAUGAUUCAAGAGAACCUUUGACUUGGAGUUUACAACUAUGAUUUUACACUUGGCUUUUGACACUUUUAUUUUAUUGGUACAUUUUAGAUAAACAUAAUGAUCACAUUCAUUAUAGGGAAUUUGUACCUGUACGUGA